GUGCCUAGGAAGAUUAUACAAACAGUGGGUUUUAGAUGAAAACAACUAGGAUUUACUCAUUGUACAGACCGGACGAAUAGUUUCAAAUGCUGCGCACCCUUUUCGCCGUGCGUGGUCAGUGCCAGCAGCUGCUGAGGAGAACAUUCACCCCCCAUUGCAGUGGCCAACGACCACAACAGCUCUUGCAAUGCCGCAUCCGGAUGAAAUCCACCGAUUCUCCCGGCGAGGCAGCGCGAAAGCUACGACUCAAGAGUACCUUGUACUACAUCACAGCCGGAGGGGUUCUCAUUAUGGGCCUGAGCUAUGCGGCCGUGCCGCUGUACAGCAUUUUCUGCCAGGCCUAUAGCUACGGAGGAACGACAUCGCAGGGCCACGACGCCGAAAAGGUGGAGCAUAUGGUGAAGGUGAACGAUCGUGUGCUCAAAAUACGCUUCAAUGCGGACAUUGGCUCCUCCAUGCGCUGGAACUUCAAGCCGCAGCAGUACGAGAUCAAAGUGGCACCCGGCGAGACCGCCCUGGCCUUCUACACGGCCAGAAAUCCCACGGACAAGGCCGUGAUUGGCAUAAGCACCUACAAUGUGAUCCCCUUCGAGGCUGGCGCGUAUUUCAACAAAAUCCAAUGCUUCUGCUUCGAGGAGCAACAGCUAAAUCCUCACGAGGAGGUGGACAUGCCCGUCUUUUUCUACAUUGACCCCGAAAUAACCCAAGAUCCGGCGCUAGAGCAUUGUGACACCAUCACCCUGUCGUAUACGUUCUUUGAGGCCAAAGAGGGUCUGAAACUGAACUUCCCCAGCUAUGCCAAGCCUCAUACGGCGGCUGCCUAGUGAAAGUUUUUCAUCCCUUUGUUAAUAAGCAAUAAAUAUUUGUUACGUUCUGUA